GGAUCGAGAAGGUUAAAAAUGAGAAGGAAUUUGUCUAGAGAAAGCUCAAUCAUGGCAUAUCAGUUUUGCUGUCUCUGUCCGGAUAUUUAAGAAGCAGAGCAAGGGAUUCAAUCGAAUAUCCUUCCUGCUCAGACAGUGGGAAUGGAUUCACUUGGUCAUCUGAACUGAACGUACAUCAGCGAGUUCACACUGGGCAAGGCCAUUCAUCUAUUCUGUGUCUGAGAAAGGAUUCAGUCGGUCUGCCCACCUGUGGACACACCAAUCAAUUAACACCGGGCAGAGGCUAGUCAUCUGCUGAAGUUCUGGGAAAGGAUUCACUCCAUCAUCUGACCUCAUGGCACACCAACGAGUUCACACCAGAGAGAGGCAGUUCACCUGCUCAGACUGUGGGAAGGGAUUCACUCGGUCAUCUGACCUAAUGGCUCACCAGCGAGUACACACCGGAGAGCGGCCGUUCACCUGCUCGGACUGUGGGAAGGGAUUCUCUUUAUCUUCUCGCUUACUGACACAUCAGCGAGUUCACACUGGGGUGAAGCCGUUCACCUGCUCAGUCUGUGAGAAGAGAUUCACUCACUCUUCCACGCUACAGAGACACAAGCUUGUUCACACUGGGGAGAAGCCGUUCACCUGCUCAGUCUGUGGGAAGGGAUUCACUCAGUCAUCCAGUCUGCAGAAUCAUCAGCGAGUUCACACUGGGGAGAAGCCGUUCACCUGCUCAGAAUGUGGGAAGGGAUUCACUGAGUCAUCACACCUACAGAGACACCAGCGAGUUCACACUGGAGAGAAGCCAUUCACCUGCUCAGUCUGUGAGAAGAAGUUCACUAACUCUUCCACCCUACAGAGUCAUCAGCGAGUUCACACUGGGGAGAAGCCAUUCACAUGCUCAGUCUGUGAGAAGGGAUUCACUCAUUCUUCCACCCUACGGAGACACCAUCGAGUUCACACUAAGGAGAAGCUGUUUACCUGCUCAGUCUGUGGGAUGAGAUUCACUGAUUCAUCCUAUCUGCGGAGUCACCAGCGAGUUCACACUGGGGAGAAGCCAUUCACCUGCUCAGUCUGUGCGAAAGGAUUCACUCUGUUAUCCAACCUGCAGUGUCAUCAGCGAGUUCACACUGGGGAGAAGCCAUUCACCUGCUCAGACUGUGGGAAGGGAUUCACUGUUUCAGCUAGCCUAAUGGUACACCAGCGAGUUCACACUGGGCAGCGGCCGUUCACCUGCUCAGACUGUGGGAAGGGAUUCACUUUGUCAUCUAAACUACUGAAACACCAGCGAGUUCACACUGGGGAGAAACCAUUCACCUGCUCAGUCUGUGAGAAGAGAUUCAGUGACUCUUCCGCCCUACAGAGACACCAGCGAGUUCACACUGGGGAGAGGCCAUUCACCUGCUCAGAAUGUGGGAAGGGAUUCACUCAGUCAUGCCACCUACAGAGUCAUCAGCGAGUUCACACCAGGGAGAAGCCGUUCACCUGCUGAGAAUGUGGGAAAGGAUUUGCUCAGUCAUCCCAACUACCGGCACACCACAACCGCUCCGUUUCUGGAAGGAGGUCUCCAACACUGAAACAGGCGUUGGACGGUUCCUGUCGACAGCUACUCUGCUCCGAUUGAGGGGAUGUGGAUAGAAGGUCAUGUUCAUCCAUUGGUUUAUCAUUCCAUCCAUGGCGACUCUGUAGAAGUAGAUUCACUGUUUCUGACAUGUGGAGUGUGUGAUGGGACGGUGUGGAGGGAGCUUCACUCUAUGCCUGACCCCGGAAGUGUGUGAUGGGACGGUGGGCGGGAGCUUCACACUGUGUUUGAUCCCUGGAGUGUGCAAUGGGACUGUGUGGAAGGAGCUUCACUCUGUGUCUGUCCCCGGUAGUGUGUGAUGGGACUGUGAGGAGUAAGCCUCACUUUGUGUCUGACCCCUGGAGAGUGUGAUGGGACGGUGGGGAGGGAGCUUCACUCUGUGUCUGACCCCGGGAUUGUUUGAAGCUAGGAUGCGGAAGGAUCGUCACUUAGUGUUUGACCCCGGGUGUGAGUGAUUGGACGGUGUAUAGGAAUUUCACUCUGCGUCCGACCACGAGGAAUGUGUGAUGGAUGAUGCGGAUGGAGCUGUUUUCUGUUUCGGACACAAGGAGCGUGGGAUGGGCUUGUGCGGAGGGAGCUUCACUCUCUGUCAGGCCCCGGGCGUGUUUGGUGGGAUGGUGCGGACAGAAUUUCAUUGUGUUUGUUAUCCCCGGAAUGCUUAAUGGAACGUGCAGGGAGUUUCACUCAGUGUCUGAGGUGACGAGGUCGAAUGAGCUUCACUGUGUAUCUGACCCCGUGAGUGAAGCGAGGAUGAGGAAUGAGCCUCACUGCGGGGCUGACUCAAUGUCACAGCGUUCGGCUGGAGCCGGUUCCGAUUGAACAUUUGGGGAUAAAACCCGGAGCGCGGCCGUUAAAGGGGAGGAUGGCUUUAAAGGGGACGGAGGGGAAGCGGCCAAAAUGUCCCAAUCCCAAACCACGGUUCAUACAUUCAGAUGUUCACAAUCUCACUCUCAGUCCGGGUCUGGGUUCCUGCAGAGAUCUCAGUUCCUUCUUCCAUUUCUGACUGAAAUGAUUGUACUGCAGAUUGAAACAGAUGGAAGGAUACAGAUGAAAUAAACAUAUUACACAACAGUGUCAGUAGCAGGACAGUGGGUUAAUGUUUCAAUAACACUCAUUGACAAAUAUUGCCAGAAAACCCACGGAUCGGCUGAAAUAUUAUCACAUUAUUAAGACAAACACUCAUUCGAUUGGGAGGGUCAGUAUGAGGCGGUGGAGAGCGGGGACAGAUCGAACUGUCAGCCAGUUUGUUCCCAGAUCCAGCACCGUCAGUGAUGGAUUUGUACUGAGAGCAGAGACGCGAUCCUCGGCACCAGAAUCUGUGAAGCCGACAAUGUGCAGCCUGGAGAUGAAAGAGUGUGAGGAUUAAGGACACAGAGACAGAAGGCAGUACAAAUUCCCAAUGUUUAUCAGUUAUACAAUUACUGAUCACAUUAAUGUUCAGUGUCAGACACCCAGUGACUGUAAACACAAUCUCCCACAGUCUGCUACUUACCGCAGUUUCUGUAUUUUACACUCCGGUUUCCUCUGAGCCGCAGACACCAGUUUCACUCCUGAAUCUCCCAGUCAAUCAUCACUCAGGAUCAGCUCCGUCAGUAAUAGGUUUAUACUGAGAGCGGAGACGAGAUCCUCGGCACCAGAAUCUGUGACACCGACAUUGACCAGCCUGGAGAUGAGAGAGAGUGAGGGUGAAGGGCACAGAAAGACAGGAGACGGUACAAAUCCCCAGUGUUUAUCAGUAACGCAAUUACUGAUCUCAUUCAUAUUCAGUGUUAGACACCCAGUGACUGUAAACGCGAUCUCCCACAGUCCGGUACAUGACACCAGUGUCUGUAUUUUACACUCUGGGUUUCUCAGAGACGCAGACACCAGUUUCAAUCCUGAAUCUCCCAGUUUAUUUCACUCAUGUUCAGCGUCGUCAUUAACGCAGUGGGGCGGGUGGUCACCAGCACUGAACACCCUGGGAGCAGCUUGCCCUGGAUUAAACUGUACACGAUGUCAGACACCUUGCACCGGAAUUCAGGAUCUCUGCAAGUGUAUUGUUGUUCUCUGUCUCUCCAGCUGUCAGAAAAAUCAAUUUUCUCACUGAGUUCAUCAAAACCAUCCAAUAUAAACAGCAACACCUCUGGGUUCUGUUCUAUUUGAAGGUUACGGAUGUCUUCAUUAACUAUACGCCGACUCUGAGACGGGUAUCAGUAAUAUCUAACAACGUAACGGGCCAACACCCUCAGGCUGGAUAAACGUCAAAGUGUCAGACUCAGUCCAGAUUGCGUGUGCAAGGAAAUGUGCAAAAACUUCAUGAAGCUUUUCAUUCCCCAUGACGCCGCGAGAUACUCCAUUAUGCAGGAACUGAACCGGGUCAAAAAAUUUACUGGGUGUUUUUUAUGGGCGGCCCAAUAGUAACAGGGAUACCGAGGGGCAGAUAGGGAAACCGAUCGUGAAAAGGUGUAAGAAGAACAGAGUUGUCGUGAUGGGAGAUCUUAAUUUCCCGAAUAUCGAGUGGCAUCUCCUGAGAGCUAGGGGUUUAGAUGGAGUGGAGUUCGUUAAAACAUACAACACAGAAUAGUACAGGGCAUUACAGGCCCUUCCGCCGACAAUUUUGUGCCGACCCUCAAACCCUGCUUCCCAUAAAACCACCCACCGUGAAUUUCUCUAUAUACCUGUCUAGAAGUCUCUUAAACUUCACUAGUGUAUCAGCCUCCACCACUUACUCAAGCAGUGUACUCCACGCACCAACCACUGUCUGAGUGAAAAAUCUUCCUCCAAUAUCCCCCUUAAACUUCACUCCCAUUACCUUAAAGUCAUGUCCUCUUUUACUGAGCAGAGGAGCCCUGGUUGUUCAUUCUGUCUAUUCCUCUUAAUAUCUUGAACAUCUCUAUCAUGUCUCCUCUCAUCCUCCUUCUGUCCAAAGAGUAAAGCCCUAGCUCCCUUAAUCUCUGAUCAUAAUCCAUACUCUCUAAACCAGACAGCAUUCUGGUAAAUCUCCUCUGUACCCUUUUAGGUUUAUUUUGAAGAUCCUGGCCUCGCGUUACACGCUGACUUGGAUUAUUCGCGGGAAUGGACCCGCCAUCGGGGUCUCACGACUGGCCGUUCUUCCACUCGGCCGAGAAGAUUAGGGCGCCUUCGGAGCUUCCGGAUUUCGUGGCCCUGGAAGCGGGCGGAGUCGAGUUUGGUGCUUCUACAGGAAAUCGGUGUCUCCUGAUAGGCAGAAAAUCGAAAGCAGCAAGUUGGCUGUUGGCUGUGUGCCCAGAAUUCUUUGGGCAGAAAAAGUGAAGCAACAGAUUAUUAACACCAUAAAUCAGCGAGUGUCUGAGUCCCCGGGCCAACUCUUUUUCCCUUAUUAGAGAGAGAGAGAGCCUGUGGUAUGUCGAAUCACCGGGUGAACAAAUAGUCUUUGGGUACUCCAGGUCCAUGUCUUUAUUGAUGUUUUGCAGCACGUUUGAAUGCUAGCUGGGGGGCGCUGACAUUAUUUUUUGCUGGUGGUGCAGGGUGUGAUCUUUGCUUUGCUGCUGAUGACGCGUGGGAGGGCGGAGCUGCGGGGAAUGUUGUAACAUUUAACUGUCAUUCACUCUUUCGGACACUCUACUGUUUUCGUGGAUGGUUCUGAAGAAAAAACAAUUUCAGGAUGUAUAUUGUACACAUUCCUCGACAUUAAGUAUACUCUGCUUUUGAAACUAUGAAAUUUUUGACUUUUCGAGGAUGUGCUCUCUCUUAAAUUUAGUCGCAUGCUCUUCUUAUCAGAAUUGCAAUGCUGUCCAGGAGGGCCUAUAAUAUUCUUACUAUUUACUAUGUUUGUAUUUGCACAUUUUGUUGUAUUUUGCACUCGUUCGCUUAGCGCUGUUGGUGUGGACAUUCAUUGAUUCGGUUAUGGUUACUGGGUUUAUUUGUGCA